AUGGUUUCUUCUUGCUGUGUGUACCUACCUACCAAAACAAAGGCCGAUUUACAAUUACAAGCGGCAAGAAGCACAACAAUCCCACAAAGGAAGAUGGAUUUCGACGGUAACAGCAUCUUGACACGUGUGAUUUUUACAUUUUCGUUGGCAUAUUAUGAUCUGUGGUUCAUUUCUGCAGAGCAAUGUGAGAUGGAUAAGGCUCCAGUCCUUGUGCACUGCAUGUCUGGAAAAAAUAGGUCACCGGCUAUUGUAAUAGCUUUCUUGAUGAGAUCUAAAGGAUGGAGGCUUCCACAAAGCUAUCAGUUUGUGAAAGAACGGGGACCGUCUGUUGAUAUAAAUCAAGCCAUCUACCAGCAGUUGCAGGAAUAUAAGCAAAAGCUCUUUGGAUCAUCAAAUAACGAUAAUCCUGCUUUGCUUGGCGCUUGCCUUCCAACCUACUGGAGCUCCAUUCAACAUCGGCUUCUCAAAAGCAGAUGUUCCAGUUCCAGUUCCUGUCGGUACUCCAUCUAUUUUUGCUCUUCCACCACUCGAGUUCACAAUUGGUGCGGCAGACCCUGAGAAGAAUCUCUGAAA